AUGCUAUUAAAAUCACCGAAAUCAAUAUCGUUCUCUAGAUGUAGAAGACGUUCUAGAUGUUAUUGUGUAUUAUCAUCAGCAUGUCGGCCAAUCAGCUUGUCGAGAACUUACAAUCUCUCACCUUCCAGUCUGCAGAUUCCAAACAGGCCGCCGACUCUAUCAAUGCGCAGAACCUCUUCACUGCUGUUCCGAAUCUCGUGAACAAGUUGAAAGAAAUCAUAAACAAGGUUUCGCAAGACAUUUCUGCGCAAGGAAAUGGCAACUUAGCUGGAUCCUUGAAAGAAUCUGAUCAAUCUUUGAUCUACGAAGCCUUCAAGAACUUCACGAGAGUACACCAGGAGCUUCUGAACAGGAUAACUGCAAAACAUGGUGUGAUGUCGAUGCCAGCCCUUACUGCGCCUAUCACCCAGGUACUCAGGGCGUUGGAAGAAUCUGUCGAUGCCUUGGUUUUUAAUAUCAUCGACUCGAUCCCUCACCACGACAAGGAAUGCAAAAGUAGCAAGGGUUCUCUUGACGGUGCAUUCGGGAAGGCCAUCUCGACAUACGACUCCUAAUCUUGAAGGGCGCCCGCGCUCGGGGCGUUGCAGGCACGCCUGCGUAUAAGUGGUCAAGACCUGACGUGGCCACAAAACACGAACUGUUCAAAUCGCAGUGUAAUUGGCUCGCGGGAAUGGAGACUGGUAUAUUAUCAAAGCGCUCUUACUUUAGCUUCUAGUCUGGUCUUGAUGGUAAAUAAUUGAGAGCC